UUUAGAGAGAAGAUGGAAGGAAAUAAAAAAUUUUUUGAAGGUGUUAGUAGGCAUUCAACAUUCCCUUUUGGAAGUUAUGAAAAUGCUUCAAAACAAUUUGAGCGUUCUGUUAAUUUAGUUCAGAAGAUGAUGAAUGGAUGUUCGAUUAAGGCUAAUGGACAAAAACAUGUUAACAAUGAUAUUUCAAGAUUGUCAGAAGAUGAUUCUGCUUAUUUUGAAAACAGAAAUAAUAUUACAAACGAGGAAAUGGGAGUAAUAUCGCCUGUGACUAAAACAGUCCAAAUAUUUAAUGAAAGUGAUUAUUUGGAUGGACAAAGACAAAAUGUUGAAUUGACUAAAAAAAUAAAUUCUGAACAAAAAUCACGUAAAAAUUCUGAAACAUUAAACGAAUCCAAAGCAAAUACUUCUCGAGAAUUGAAAAGUUUAGAAAAGGAUUUUGCUGAUUUAGCUCGUAUAUGUACUGGGAAGGAUUCGAUAAUUGAUGGACAAAGAAUGGAAUUAGAAGAAACAAAAAAUGAAUUGGAAAGAAUUAAAUUGGAAGGAAAUAAAUGGAAAGAAGAGUUAUUAGAGUGGGACAGUAAAUGGGCGACAGCACAACAAGAGUUGGAAAUUAUGCGAAAAUUGGGUAAAGAUCAAGAAUUCCUUCAAGGACAAAUAACUGAAAUGUCAGUACAAAUAGAUAAUGAAAGAGAAACUUGGGAAAAAAUUAAAGGAGAAUUGGAGUUGCAAUUGAAAAAAUGGCAAAAAGAUGCACAGGAUUGGAGAGAAAAAAGUGAAUUAUCAACGUGGGCAGUGCAAGAAUUAACAGAGCAACUAAAAAAAUUGCAAAGAGAAAAAACUGAUUUACAACGAAAAACGGCAAUAUUGGAAGAACAAGUAAAUGGAGAAGCAAUUGAAUUUAAUCGUCGCUUUAAGGAACGUGAGAGAAUACAAAAUGAAUUGUUGACUGAUAAUACUAGGCUAUAUCAGAUAAAUGACCAACUUGAAAAUAAAUUUAAAGAAUUAAAAGAAGAAAAUGAGAAGUUGAACGAAAAAUUGUUAAUCAAUGAAAAGGAAAGUGACAAAAAAUUGGAAGAAAUUAAAAUUGAAUUUAAUGAAAAGGAAAAUAAAUUUAAUGAAUUUUUGACUGAAAAAGAGGCAAAAAUUGAAGAAAUGGAGGGGAAAAUAAAGGAAUUGACUAAACAAAAAUUGGAUUUACAAGCAAAGCUACAACAAUUAACAAAUCAUUCUCAAAUAACUGAAGGUGGGAAUGAUCCUCUUUUUGCUUAUACACAAGACUGA